GCGCGGCGACGACGCACAGGGAGGCGCGCGGCGAUGACGUCCAGGCGGGCGCCGGUGGUGCGCAGGCGUGGGCGGCGGGCGGCGCGGCGGUUGGGGCGGCGGCGGGCGGCGGCAGCGACAUGACCCAGCAGGGCGCGGCGCUGCAGAACUACAACAACGAGCUGGUCAAGUGCAUCGAGGAGCUGUGCCAGAAGCGGGAGGAGCUGUGCCGGCAGAUCCAGCAGGAAGAGGAGGAGAAGCAGCGGCUGCAGAAUGAGGUGAGGCAGCUGACCGAGAAGCUGGCCAGAGUCAACGAGAACCUGGCGCGCAAGAUCGCCUCUCGGAAUGAGUUUGAUCGGACCAUCGCGGAGACGGAGGCCGCCUAUCUCAAGGACCGUGUCUGCCCCCAGAUCCUGGAGAGCUCGCAGACUCUGCUCAGUGUGCUGAAGAGGGAGGCUGGGAACCUGACCAAGGCCACGGCCACGGAGCAGAAGGCCAGCGCUGGCAAGGACAGCUGACGGUGCGGGCAGCAGCGCCUCCCGCUCCCUCCACAGCCCAUCCCCAGCGCGUCUGUCUGCCGAGCACCUUGUUCAUGGCGGCAGCUGCCUUCCGGUGGAGCCCCCACCUCCACUGCCCAGGGGCCCAGCCUCCCAGGUGGGGUCCUGUCCGUGUGCUCACCCAGGCAGUGGGGGUGCGGGCUCUGGGUCAGCUCUGCCCGGGGCCUGAAGCCCCAUUCCCCCCCGGACUGCAGGACAGUCCUGCUUCUAGUCUCCGCCUCACGGAGGCCCUCAGGCUCCUCAGCCGGCAGGUGCCCAGGCUAGGCCAUCGGCAGGGGCCUCCUUCACCUCAGCCUGCCCAAGAGGCCGGUGACUGUCAAUAAAGGUUCUUUCUAAAG